AUGUCUGGUGAAUACAUGAUCAAACCGGAGUCUAUUGGGCCGUCUACUAACACUUCAGAUUGGCCCUUGUUGUUGAAGAAUUAUGAUAAGCUUUUAGUAAGAAGUGGGCAUUAUACACCAAUCCCUUCUGGUUCUUCACCUUUAAAAAGGGAUAUCAAAUCUUAUAUUUCGUCGGGUGUUAUCAACUUGGAUAAACCAUCUAAUCCUUCAUCUCACGAAGUCGUUGCUUGGGUCAAAAGAAUUUUGAGAGUCGAAAAAACAGGACACUCUGGUACUUUGGAUCCUAAGGUCACCGGUUGUUUAAUUGUUUGUAUCGAUCGUGCCACAAGACUAGUCAAGUCUCAACAGGGUGCUGGAAAAGAGUAUGUGUGUAUCGCUCGAUUACAUGAUGAGCUUAAGGAUAGUAAAGACAUGUCUAGGGCGUUGGAAAACCUAACUGGUGCAUUGUUUCAAAGACCUCCUUUAAUUUCUGCAGUUAAAAGGCAGUUGCGAGUCAGAACCAUAUACGAUUCUAAGUUGAUUGAAUUCGACAACCAGAGAAAUCUAAGCGUUUUUUGGGCUUCCUGUGAGGCUGGAACUUAUAUGAGAACUUUGUGUGUUCAUUUAGGUAUGUUGUUAGGUGUUGGAGGACACAUGCAAGAAUUACGUCGUGUUCGUUCUGGGGCUUUAUCCGAAAACGACGACAUGGUUACCUUACACGAUGUUUUAGAUGCCCAGUAUGUUUAUGACAACACUAGAGAUGAAACGUAUUUAAGGAAAGUCAUUCAACCUUUGGAAACUUUAUUAGUUGGAUACAAAAGAAUUGUCGUUAAGGACUCAGCCGUGAAUUCAGUCUGCUAUGGUGCCAAACUAAUGAUUCCGGGUCUUUUGCGUUAUGAAGAUGGAAUUGAAUUAUAUGAUGAAGUUGUUUUAAUUACGACCAAGGGCGAAGCAAUCGCUAUUGGUAUUGCUCAGAUGACGACUGUUGACUUACAGACCUGUGAUCACGGAGUCGUGGCUAAGGUGAAAAGAUGCAUCAUGGAGCGUGAUACUUACCCAAGAAGAUGGGGAUUGGGUCCAGUAGCCCAAAAGAAGAAGCAAAUGAAGGCAGACGGGAAGUUGGAUAAAUUUGGAAGAACCAACGAAAAUACGCCGGAAUCAUGGAAGAAGGAAUACAAGGAUCACGACGAUGACUUACCACCGGCAGUACCACUGUCAAAGACUAUUGUGCCUGAAUUACAAACUUCGAAGAGAGUUACAUCUGAUAUAAUUGAAGAAGUUGGCGACAACAACGAGAAAGAGGCAAAGAAGAAGGAGAAGAAAGAGAAAAAAGAGAAAAAGGACAAGAAAGACAAAAAGGAAAAGAAAGAGAAGAAAAGAAAGGCUGAGGAAUUGGAAGAUGGUGGCGAAAAGAAGAAAAAAUCUAAGAAAUAA